CCUAGUCUCUGCCUCUUCCUCAGGCUUUAGGCUUGGACCAAGCACCAGCCAUGCCAACGCUUUUACGUUGACUGUUGUGAACUUGUGAACAGUCCGUAAAUCUACGCCGCUACACGUGACGUCACUAGGUAUGUUUUGUCAAACAAACCGCCGUGAAUUUUGUGAAGAGACUCAUAAGCGAAUGUACUAAUCUAAUAUAAUGGCUUCUUCCGCAAGUCCUAGCAUAUAUAACGGGCAUUUCGUCGUCCUUUCAUCCUUCAGUUCUUUCCUUCUCUCCUCACUUCUCUCACCCCCGCAUCCUAUUCCACUUUCUUUUUCAAAGUCGUUCUUUAUCAUGAGGUUAUCAUCUUUUGCUGUCCCCGUCCUCUCUGCAUCGACCGCGUUCGCUCUUUCUAAGAAUCCGCCUCCUUGGAGACGCGCCCUUGUGCACGAUGUCUGCGGUUCUCUCAAGUCUGACCUGAUUCUCAACGAGAUAAUCGACAGCCAAGGCAGAGCAACCGUCGCAGGCCACAUCGAAGCUUGCCUCUGCCUCUCGGAUGUUGUCAAGUUCGUGGAAUCAAACGUCGCUGCACAGGCAGCUGUGAAGCUCCUCGGCAACCACGGCAAGGUCGAGGCCUUGAUCUCGGGCAUGGUCAAAGGCCUUUCGACGGGCUCGCACUGCUCUUACCCUGAUCACGCCCGUGCUCUUUGCACGGACUCCAACCCAUGCGAUUUUGAAUGCAUCGACGGUUACUUAGCCUUCCCUCCCGAGAAGCCCACUUCUUGCAAAUGUCCUGAUCACCUCAUGGAGUGCAAUGGCAAGUGCGGUCAUUUCAAGGAGUGCCCCAGUGAGGCACCUCUGUCCCGUCGUAAUAGCGAGCCCCAGUGCGCCGCUGGCCGCACCAUGUGUGGCAUCCCUGGUACCACUACUGGUCAACCCUGGAAGUGUGUUGAUGUUAAAACUGAUACCACCACUUGUGGUGGAUGUCUUAAGGCAGCUCCUUUCGGAAAAGCACCCGUCACCGGCGAGAACUGCAAGGACAUCAAGGGCGUUAUUCAUGAAACCGUUACUUGUGGCAACGGCCGCUGCAUUGUGAAAGACUGCGCUGAGGGCUUCUUCGUUGCUCCUGCUAUGGAUACGUGCAUUCCUAUACCCAAAUCUGCUACGGCUGGCUCUAAGCAACAAAGCGAAGCUACUAUUCCUGGUUCUAGUGGUUCAACUGGAAGCACUGAAGGUCUCAAGGUUUCUCGCGACAAGCUUACUGCAGCGUUGAAGCACGGUGCGGGUAUCGCUAUCGCUCCCCUUGGCGAUCCAGUCAGUGGUUUAAAGACUCCUCGUGAUGUUACCGGCGGUAUCCAGAAUGGCGCUGCCGUCGUCGUUAAGCCACUUCUCGGAGCGACUGAGGGUCUCGCUGCCGGUGGUUCCGCAGGCCCCGCGGGUGUUCUCGCUGGUGUUGUACAGGGCGCCAAGGUAGUCUCUCCAGUUGCAGGUGCAGUAGAGGCCACGUCCGCUGGCUUCAAAGUGACUCGUGAUGUCGCUGGCGGACUGCCUCGCGGUGCCGGCGUUGCGCCUAUUGUCGGUGCUGCUAAGAGUCCCGCUGCUGGCCCAUUCGCUGGCAUCCAUGGGAUCCGUGGUGUUGAGGGGGGCUUGAUACAUGGCAUUGGUGCUAGCGCCAAAGAUAAUAAGGCUGUGGCUGGUACGACGGCUGCUGUUCAUGCGGCUUAAUUUGCUUUACGCUUUCUUUUGUCGGUUUCCCACUCCACGCCUAUGAUAAUAGCUUUAUAGUGACGCCUACGAGUACUUGACAGAUAAUCGAGAGUUUUCUUGCGCCGCAUUGCGGAUUUGUUCCGAUCCCAGCGGGUGACGUCAGAUUAUCCAUUGACGUCACGGGUUGAACAGGACGUGUGUAUGGUGGCUCACAAAAC